UUUCCCCCUUCCACUUCGCACGCUCUCGUCGUCUGAUGAGCGGACUCCUGCUCCUCCAAGCACGGUGGAGAUGAUGCUGAGCAGCCAUCUCGCUUCCCCUCCUCCUCCUCUCUCGCUCCGCUCUCCCGAUGCGCAUCCGCUGCUGUGCACCGAGACGCCGUCGAGGCUUCUGCAGAGACGGAGGAGGAGAAGGGACCUCGAGAGAACGGGGUUGGCUUUGACGGUGAGAGCGAGAGCCGGCGGAGCGGCGCCCGGGGAGGUGGAGACCGCGAUGGUUGAGAGGCCCAGGCCGUCGAGCUUCCAGGUGUCGCGAGGCCGGCCGACGCCCCUCGGCGCCACCGCUUGCGUCGGCGGUGUCAAUUUCUCCGUCUAUUCGAGCAGUGCGGCUUCGGCGACCCUCUGCUUGAUUAGCCUUGCGGAUCUGAACGAGAGCAGAGUCACUGAGGAGAUAUCUCUGGAUCCCAUGAUUAACAGAACUGGGGAUGUUUGGCAUGUGUUUUUGAAAGGAGAUUUCACAGAUGUCUUGUAUGGUUACAAGUUUGAUGGGAAGUAUUCUCCUGAAGAAGGACACCGCUAUGACGCUUCCCAUAUCCUUUUGGAUCCAUAUGCAAAAGCAGUGAUAAGUAGAGGAGAGUAUGGUGUCUUGGGACCUGAUGGUGACUGCUGGCCCCAAAUGGCUUGUAUGGUGCCUUCUGAUGGUGAUGAGUUUGACUGGGAAGGAGAUUUACCACUGAAAUACCAUCCCAAAGAUCUUAUCAUAUAUGAAAUGCAUGUACGUGGUUUUACAAGGCAUGAUUCUAGCAAAACAGACUUUCCUGGAACUUACCGUGGCGUCGUGGAAAAACUUGAUCAUCUUAAGGAGCUUGGCAUCAAUUGCAUAGAGUUAAUGCCAUGUCAUGAGUUUAAUGAGCUCGAGUACUUCAGCUACAACACUGUCCUGGGUGAUUACAAGAUGAAUUUCUGGGGAUAUUCAACUAUCAAUUAUUUUUCUCCGAUGGUAAGAUAUUCAUCUGCUGGCCUAAGUAGCUGUGGUCAAGAUGCAAUAAAUGAAUUCAAAACUCUCAUUAAAGAAGCGCAUAAACGAGGAAUUGAGGUCCUUCUGGAUGUAGUUUUCAAUCACACGGCUGAAGGGAAUGAAAAUGGCCCUGUUCUGUCCUUUAGAGGCAUCGAUAACAGUGUGUAUUACAUGCUAGCACCAAAGGGUGAAUUCUAUAACUAUUCAGGUUGUGGGAACACAUUAAACUGCAAUCACCCGGCAGUACGUCAAUUUAUUGUGGACUGCUUGAGAUAUUGGGCAACAGAAAUGCAUGUGGAUGGCUUUCGUUUUGAUCUUGCUUCUAUCUUGACCAGGAGUAGCAGUCUUUGGGAUGCAGCUAAUGUAUUUGGAAAGCCAAUUGAAGGGGACUUAUUGACUACAGGCACACCUUUAAGCAGUCCUCCAUUGAUAGAUAUGAUAAGCAAUGAUCCAAUACUUAGAGGAGUCAAGCUUAUAGCUGAAGCAUGGGAUACAGGAGGCCUUUACCAAGUUGGCACAUUUCCUCACUGGGGCAUUUGGUCUGAGUGGAAUGGCAAGUAUAGAGAUGUGGUUCGUCAAUUUAUAAAGGGUACAGAUGGCUUUUCUGGGGCUUUUGCUGAAUCUCUUUGUGGAAGCCCAAACUUAUACCAGGAAGGGGGAAGAAGACCAUGGAAUAGUGUCAAUUUUGUUUGUGCACAUGAUGGAUUCACAUUGGCUGACCUGGUUUCUUACAAUGACAAACACAAUUUGGUGAAUGGAGAGGAUAACAACGAUGGGGAGAGUCACAACAAUAGCUGGAACUGUGGACAGGAAGGGGAGUUUGCAGGCAUUUCAGUAAAGAGACUAAGGAAGAGACAAAUGCGAAAUUUCUUUGUCUGUCUCAUGGUUUCUCAGGGCAUCCCAAUGUUAUAUAUGGGGGACGAAUAUGGUCAUACAAAAGGAGGAAACAACAAUUCAUACUGCCAUGAUAACUAUAUCAACUACUUCCGAUGGGAUAAGAAAGAGGAGUCAUCAUCGGACUUCUACAGAUUCUGUUCCCUCAUGACAAAGUUUCGCCAUGAAUGCGAGUCACUUGGCUUAAGUGACUUUCCAACUGCAGAAAGGCUGCAAUGGCAUGGUCACCUUCCUGGCAAACCAGAUUGGUCAGAAAACAGCCGUUUUGUUGCUUAUACUAUGGUUGACUCAGUUAGGGGAGAGAUCUACAUUGCCUUCAAUGCAAGCCAUCUGCCAGUGACCGUUGUGCUGCCAGAGCGGCCUGGAUACAGAUGGGAGCCACUGGUAGAUACCAGCAAACCCGCACCUUUUGACUUCCUCUCCAGCGACCUUCCGGAAAGAGAUGUCGCGGUUAAACAGUAUGCGCAAUUUCUUGACUCCAACUUGUACCCAAUGCUUAGUUAUUCAUCCAUCAUCCUCUCGCUUUCACCUGACACUAGCGGUUAGAUAAAUAUUGUAAUGCUCAACAUGAUCUUCACUUUUUGCAAAUCAUCUGCCCAGUGAACAAAAAGUUCAGGAGUGUAUAGAAAACUACUCGAAAUUGUUACGGAGCAA